AUGGAUUCCAAUCUAGGAACUUUCGUUUCAUGGAAAACAAUGCUGUCAGAUACUGCAAAUAACGUUAUAUUCGAACGAGUGUUCUGGACAUUCAGUUCUUCUAUCGAGGGUUUCAAACAUUGCAAGCCAGUCAUCAACAUAGAUGGAACCUUUCUAACUGGAAAAUAUAAAGGUAAGUUACAAAUUGCUGUUUCAUGGGAUGCAAAUAAUCAUGUAUUUCCAGUUGCCUUUGCCAUUAUGGAGGAAGAGAGACUAGAUACUUGGUCAUGGUUUCUAACAUGCAUUAGGGAGUACGUGACACAACGAACUGGCCUCUGUCUUUUAAUUGACAAACAUGGAGGAAUCUUAUCAGCUGUGAAUCGCUCAUGUUGGUGGCAACAUCCAAAUGGUUAUCAUCGCUACUCUGUUCGCCAUCUUGCCAGCAACUACCAUGCAAAGUACAACAAUGCGCUAUUGCAAGACAUGAUCACUUCGGCAGCUUAUGAGAAUCAAAAAAUUAAGUCAAUAAAAGACUUAAAUUCCAAAGCUACAGAUGAAUUUGAUCGUUUGCCACUUGAACUGUGGGCGUUAGUAGAUGAUGGUGGCAAACAUUAUGGAGAUAUGACUACCAACCUUUCUAAAAGCUUCAAUGGAGUAUUAAAGGGUGCACGACAUCUUCCUAUCAGAUCAUUGGUACAACUAACCUUUUAUAAAUGUGUUAAUUAUUUUCAGGAACGAUGUAACAAGGCCAAUGUUGAAAUGCAUGCCAGUGAAGUUUACAGUGCUUAUGCAAAACAAAUGCUCACCAAAUGGGAGAAAAAGUCCAGGGGUCAUUCAGUGCGGAAUUUUAAUAUGAAUUUGGGUAUUUUUGAUGUUCAAACUGCAGUGAACCCCUUAUAUUCGAAUCGGGGUUUGCAUCUUCAUGUGGUCAACUUGAUGGAAAGAACAUAUGACUGUCAAAAAUGGCAGAAUUAUAAAAUUUCAUGUUCUCAUGUCAUUGCAGUAUGUAAAUUUGCCAGCCUUGACCACCUACAAUAUGUUGAUGAAUGUUACACACUGAAAGCACAAAUGGCAUGUUAUCAACACUCAUUCAAUCUUGUAGUUGAUGCUGCUUAUUGGCGAGAGCCUAACUUUCCAAAACUCCAUCCAAAUCUAAACCUUGCUAGGACUCGUGGUCGUCCAAGGACAACACGACUUCAAAAUGCUAUGGAUUGGCGCGAGUCUUAA